AUGUGUAGCAAUUGGGCUCAAAUUCUCUGCUUCUAAUUUAUAGGUCAUCAAAACAUCAAACCUGAUGUAGCUUUCGAGCUAGACCAGCAAGAGUCAUGGAUAAUGGAUGAAGAAAGUCUAAGUCAAAACUUUUUAGAAAUUUGGCUACACAGUUAUUCUGAACUAUGGCCUCAAGAUAAAGAAGACAAGCUUAAAAGAAUGGAGAGAUGCAAUGGAGAUAAUGUUUUGAAGGAAAUAUGUCAAUCAAGUAUGAUCUAUUUAGAAAUGAGAUUCCAUAUUUGUGGUACAUGUGAAGAAAGCCUAAAAAAUCCUUUAAUUUUUUUUUAUUCCAAAAAGUAACUGUGAAAGAAAAAAAAUAAAGUCAGUAAGAAAUUAUUAUUUUAUCUAAAAUUUGACAGACCCAACAGUAAAAGAAAAUCCCAUGAUUGUAAUAAGUAUAGAAAAUCAAACAGUAAUGAGUCACAGCUCAUUACAAAUCAAAUGACGCAUUCAGGAAUCUUUUUAUGUAUGGAGUGUGGUAGAAUUUUUAACAGGAAACCACAGCUUAUUGUACACCAGCGAAAUCAUGCCAGAGAGGAGCCCUAUCAGUGCAAUGGAUGUGGGGAAACUUUUGCACAAAAGUCCCUGCUUGCUGUUCACCAAAAACCUCACUCAGUAGAAGAACCAGAUGGUUGUGAUGAACGUGAGAAGGCUUUCAAUGGGAAAUUCUUGGUCAUUCAGCAGCAGAGAACUCAUCCUGGACAGAAGCCCUGUACACGUGCAGAAGCCUACAGCAGGAAACCACAGCAAAACAGGCAGGAGAUGGUUCCCACAAUAAAUAAGCCUCAUCGUUGCAGUGAUUGUGGGAAGGCUUUCUCUCAGAAAUCGAAACUUAUCAUUCAUCGAAGAACACAUACAGGAGAAAAACCCUAUAAAUGUAGUGAGUGUAGAAAAGCUUUCUUUCGGAAUUCACAACUUAUUACUCAUGGGAGGUCACAUAGAGGGAAAAAAACUUACGUGUGUGGUGAAUGUAAAAAAGCCUUCAGGAGGAACUCACUUCUUAUUAGGCAUCAAAGGAUUCACACAGGAAAGAAACCACAUGGAAGCAGGGAAUGUGGUGGGGUCUUCAGCAGAAAGCCACAACUUGCUAAACAUUGCAUGACCCAGACAGGAGAGAAGAAAUAUGAGGGUUAUGACUGUGAAGAAGUCUUUUUCAAGAAGUCACAGUUAAUGAGACAUCAAAAAAGUCACUUAGGCGAGAAGCUGCAUAGGUGUGCUGAGUGGGGAAAAACUUUCCCUGGAAGGUCAUCGCUCCUGACACAUCAGAGGACUCACACUGGGGAGAAACCUUACAAAUGCAAUCUGUGUGGAAGGGCCUUCUCCCAGAGGUCAAGUGUAAUAUCACACCAGAGAACACACACGGGUGAGAAACCCUUCAAAUGCGGUGACAGUGGGAAAGCUUUCACUGAGAAGUCAAGCCUCCUUCAUCACAAGAGAACCCACACUGGGGAAAAGCCCUUUGAAUGCAGUGACUGUGGGAAAGCCUUUGCAUGGAAGCCACAGCUCCUUCGGCACCAGAGAAUUCACACGGGGGAGAAACCCUUUGAAUGCAGUGAGUGUGGGAAGGCGUUUGUUCAAAAGGUGCAACUCAUUAAGCAUCAGAGACAUCAUACAGGAGAGAAGACCUAGAAAUGCAGUGGUUGUGAAAAAGCUUUUUUUGAGAAGACACAGCUUAUGAUCCAUCAGAAAAUCCAUACGGGAGAGAGGCCUUAUACUUGUGGUGAAUGUGGGAGAUCUUUCACUAGAAAAUCACAUCUAAUGAGGCAUGAGCCAAUUCAUACAAGAGAUAAGUGCUAUAGGUGCAGUCAGUGUGGUAGUAUCUUCAACAAGAAGUCACACCUUAUCAGACAUCAAAAGGAUCAUAUAGGAAAGGCCAUAUAA